GCUUUUUGGUAAAUCCGUGGUUUAGAAUUAAGAACCCUCCAAGAUUUCGGCAGUAACUGAAAUUUUGGGUCAUAAUGCUAAAUGUAUCAUGAAGCUUAAACAAUGUCUGUACUAUGACCAUAUUCAUCUUCUCUCAAACUUAUACCCCCUACAUUGCAGAAAAUUUGCAACUUUCUCUUCUCCUCAAUCCCAUGUUCAGUCCAUUAUCAAACUCUGCAAAAGAGUUGAAGACUUAAAACCCUUAAUAUCACUCAUUAUUGUCGAUGGUUUAUUCAAUUAUAAGCAUGUUAUUUCUGAGUUUAUUGAAAAAUGUAUCCAUUUGGAUGCCCCAGAACUUGCAUUGUCUGCUUUUUAUGCAUCCCAAAACCGUAGCUUGCUUUUGCAGAAUUUGAUCAUCAAGCAUCUUUGUAACUUGGGUUUAUACCAAGAUGUUAUAAAUGUAUAUAAAAGUUGCAAGCUUUUAGGUACUUCUGAUGGAAAUUACACAUUUCCUUAUGUAAUUAAGGGUUGUUCAGCUGUAAGUGAUGAAAAAUUGGGUAAAGAGAUACAUGGUGUUGUUAUUAGAACUGGGUAUGAUAGAAAUACUUUUGUACAGACUGCAUUUAUUUGUUUUUAUGCGAGAAUUCAGCGUAUGGAUAUUGCACACAAACUGUUCGAUAAAAUGUCUGAAUGGGAUGUAGUUUCUUGGAAUGCUUUGAUUUCCGGCUAUUCCUAUAAUGGUCUUGAUUAUGAUGGAAUCAAGGUUUUUCAUGACUAUUGGAUGAAGGGUGUGAAACCUAAUGUGGCAACGUUGGCCAGCAUUGUUCCUAUUUGUACCCGUCUAUCUUUUCGAAAUUUGGGUAGGUCUUUGCAUACUUAUUCUGUGAAAUCCGGGUUUUAUCAAGAUGAAUUGUUAAUACCAGCUCUUAUCUCAAUGUAUGCUAGCAACAAUGAUAUUCAUGCUGCUAAAUCUUUGUUUGAUCUUUCACCUAUGAAAAAUGUAGUUGUUUGGAACUCUAUGAUCUAUGCUUAUGCACAAAAAAUGCCUGAAGUAGCAUUAGAAAUGUUCCAGCAAAUGGUCUCAGAUGAUUUUUAUCCCAAUUCCGCCACAUUUGUGUCUGUGAUCCCAUGCUGUGAAAAGUUAAAUUCUGUCUGUCAUGGUGGAAUACUUCAUGGGUGUGUCGUAAAAAAUGGGUUGGAUAACCACAUUUCUGUAGCAACCACGUUGAUAUCAAUGUAUGAAAAGUCGGGAAGUAUUGGCUCAGCGGAAAAUGUUUUUACAUGGGCGCCUCAGAAAAACCUCCAUACUUGGAAUUCAAUAAUGUCAGCCUAUGUUCAUCAUGGGCUUUCACGAUUGUGUCUGGAUUCUGUUUAUAAAAUGCAACUGGCUGGUUUUGACCCAGAUCCUAUUUCCAUUGUUAAUGUCCUCUCUGCCUGCUCUGAGCUAAAGGCUUUACUGCAGGGCAAAUCUGCGCACGCCCUUAGCAUAAGAAAGGGUUUUGAUUCAAAUAUCAAUGUGUCGAAUUCUCUCUUAGCAUUUUACACUAACUGCCAUCAACUUCACUCUUCUUUCAAGCUUUUUGAUUUGCUUCCCUCGAAAACCACCAUAUCAUGGAACACUAUGAUAUCAGGAUGUGUAUAUAACGGAGAAAACGAAAAGGCAGCAUCCUAUUUUCAGAGAUUGCAGCUUGAAGACGUACAACUGGAUGUUGUCAGCCUAAUUAGCAUAAUUUCCGGUCUAAAUGAGACUGUUGAUUUGGCGCAAGGAACGGCUCUUCAUGGGCUCGCUCUCAAAUUUGGCUUUGAUUCUGAUGUUACGUUAUCUAAUGCCCUGAUUAACAUGUAUUGUAGCUGCCGUAACCUGGAAUCUGCUUCAUUGCUUCUGCAUACAAUGUCACAUAGAUGUUUGGUUUCCUGGAAUUCACUGAUCACUGGCUAUCGAUGUCACAAUUUACAUGAAGAGGUAAUAUCCUUGUUUAAAGAAAUGAUCAGCUAUAGCUAUAAUCCGAAUUAUGUGACCUUGUUAAAUUUGUUACCUGGUUGUCCUACAUUGCUGCAAGGAAAAUCAAUUCACUGUUAUGCCAUCAAAAUAGAGGCUAUAUACCGUGCUCCUUUUCUGACAUCUUUAAUCUGUAUGUAUUCGAAAUUUAACCAUUUAAUUUCAUGCUUCCGGCUCUUUGAAACCGGGGAUAAAAUCGAUAUUUCAUUAUGGAAUGUGAUGUUAUCGGUCUUUCUUGAGGGUGGGAAUGCAGGAAAAGUGUUUUCCCACUUGCGGAAAUUGCUUCAAAGUGAGGUGAAAGUCGAUCAUGUAACGAUUGUGAGGGUGAUUUCUGCUUGCAGUCAGUUAAGCAGCAUUACUGUCACUAAUUUUGUAUUGGCGUUUGUGAUAAAGAAUGGUUUUGUACAAGAGACGAUUGUUUCUAAUGCGUUCAUCGACUUGUACGCAAAAUGUGGGGAUAUUCCGAUGGCUAGGAAAGUGUUCGAGUGUUUAGUUUACAAGGAUGCCGUGUCUUGGAGUACAAUAAUAAACGCCUAUGGAUUACAUGGAGACUGUGAGGGUGCAAUAUCUCUUUUGUUCGAGAUGGAAGAUUCUGGAAUGAAACCUGAUAGUAUCACAUAUCUGAGCAUCUUAUCAGCCUGCAGUCAUGCAGGGUUAGCUUAUCAGGGCAAGAUUAUCAUAAAUUCUAUGCUAAAAAAUGGAAUUCAACCAGGAACUGAACAUUUUUCUUGUGUAGUGAACCUUCUUGGAAGAAAAGGUCUAUUGUCGGAGGCUUAUGACAUUGUUAACAAUAUGUCGGGUGGAGUUUCAGUGAGUGUACUCGAGGCUUUGCUGGGUGCUUGCAUGGUCCAUGGAAAUGUUGAAAUUGGAGAAAAAGUCGGUGAGUCGAUCAUUCAUAAGGACCCGAAAAAUGGAAGAACAUAUGUGAUACUUCAUAACAUCUAUGCUGGUGCAGGGAGAUGGGAAGAUGCAAAUACAAUUAGGUGUGCUAUGGAAGAAGAAGGUUUGAACAAAGUUGUUGGGUUUAGUAUGGUCCCGAUUGCAGGAACGAAACUGUGAUAUGACACUGAAGUACUAGAUCUGUUGCUUUGAAUUUGCUACAGUUUUCUUAUUCCUCCUUUGAUAUGGUGCAAGUAAUAUUAUAUGUAAGGGAAAUAACUGAAUAUUGGAAGAGAAUUUGUAUUUAUGUUAAUAGUUGAGGAUGAAAGAAAUGUGAAAAAAGAUUAGAAGAUACUCCCUAGUUACUAUUCUAAUAAAAUGUUUCCCUUGAUUA